AUGAAGGUGCAACUUGCGUUUUUGUUUACCCUUGUGGCGUCUCUUGUAGCUGCCUGGUCGGUUACAGACUACGAAUUGUUUGAGUUGAACGACGUUGUCAAGCGCGACUUGGGUCCGGAAACAACCUUCUAUUCAUGGUUAGGACUUGAGAAAGGCCCGAAGUCACUGUGGGAUGAAAUAAACAAGGCCUACAAGAAGCUCUCGCGCAAGAUCCAUCCGGAUAAAAUCAGAAAGGCCGAACAGCGGUACCUGCGUCUCUCCGUGGUGGGCUCCAUCUUGAGAGACGCGGAGCAACGCGAGAGAUACAACUACUUCUUGGACAAGGGAUUCCCCAAGAAGACCACAACCGGUUACUUGUACAGUAAGUUCCGUCCUGGCACCAUGCUCGUGUUUGUGCUCUUGUACGCAGUCUUCGGUGGGUUCCAAUACAUGUCGCUCAAAAUCAACCGCCAGCAGGAUCAGAAGCGUAUGCGCUCCAUGAUUCAGCAGCUCAAGCAGGCGGCGUGGCCAAACGGAAUCCCGACUGACUUCUCAGAUAGGAAGGUCGGUAGCGAGGCGGAUGGCAAGACCUUUAUCAUCAAGUACGAUGGGAGCGUGUAUUUGCUCGACCCAGAAGAUAGCUCGACCCAAUACUUGCUAGACCCAGAAUCUAUCGGGCCUCCAUCCUGGAGAGACACUAUCUGGUGCACGUUUCCGCGCUGGGUGUGGAAUUUCACCGCCGGCAGGGUGAACCAAAGCUGGAAAUUGCAGCCGCGCGAGGAGAAUUCCACAGGGAUGACGCCACAAGAGGCUAAGAUUGUGGAGUUGGAGAGCACCAUGAAUGCUAACGAAGAUGCGAAGGAGAGGAGAAAGAACAAGAUGACAGAUGGGGUCAGAAGAUUGCCGAACGGUAAGAUCGUGGGGACCAAGAAGGAGUAA